AGCAGCUUCUGAAUGACUUGGAGAUCCAAACAGCUCGGAUCAGCACCAAGCAGGCGGCGGAACUGAGCCACUCCGAAACUGUUGAAGAUGACAAAAGAAAAUGUGACGGAUGUUGCUUCAGAGGAAGAGCACAAAGAGCUCCAGGAGCAUCAGCCAGCAGAGUUCCAGAGCCCGGUACUAGAGAGACGCAAGAAACCUGUUGUUCACCCAUCUGCCCCAGCACCACUGCCCAAGGAUUAUGCCUUUACAUUCUUUGACCCAAAUGACCCGGCCUGCCAAGAAAUCCUGUUUGACCCACAGACUACCAUUGCUGAGCUCUUCGCUAUCAUCAGACAGUGGGUCCCCCAGGUGCAGCAUAGGAUCGAUAUCAUCGGAAGUGAGAUUCUCAAGCGAGGUUGCCAUGUGAACGAUAGGGAUGGACUGACCGACAUGACUCUAUUGCACUACGCCUGCAAGGCAGGAGCCCACGGAGUUGGGGAUCCUGUGGCUGCUGUGCGCCUGUGCAACCAGCUGAUUUCUUUGGGAGCUGAUGUCGGACUCCGUAGUCGCUGGACCAACAUGAAUGCCCUUCACUACGCCGCCUACUUUGAUGUCCCAGAGAUAGCCCGGAUCCUCCUGAAGGCUCACAAAUCGAAAGUGCUGAACUCCACCUGCAGUGACUUCAAUCACGGAACAGCCCUGCACAUUGCAGCUUCUAACCUGUGCCUGGGAGCUGUAAAGUGUCUCCUUGAGCAUGGGGCUAAUCCAGCGGUCAGAAAUCGGAAAGGACAGGUUCCGGCGGAUGUGGUCCCUGACCCGAUGGACAUGACGCUGGACAAAGCUGAGGCUGCCAUGGUUGCCAAGGAGCUGAAGCAGCUGCUGCUCGAUGCGGUACCUCUGAGUUGUAACCUUCCCAAGGUCACCCUACCAAACUAUGACAACAUCCCUGGGAACCUGAUGCUCACCUCAUUGGGUCUCAAACUCGGGGACCGAGUCACCGUGGAUACAGACAAGGCUGGAACGCUGCGAUUCUGUGGCACCACUGAGUUUGCCAGUGGACAGUGGGUUGGCGUCGAGCUAGAUGAGCCCGAAGGGAAGAAUGAUGGCAGUGUUGGAGGAAUAAGCUACUUCAUUUGCCCUCCGAAACAUGGUUAUUUUUCCCCAGUGUCUAAAAUCAGUAAAGCUCCCGAUCAGACCCCGUCUUCUGUAACCUCGACACCUAAAACUCCCAGAAUGGAUUUCUCUCGAAUGACAGGGAAGAUGAAGAAAGAUAAAAAAGCCUUGAGAAGGAAGUCCUUGUCAGUGGGAAGCCUUGAUCGAGAAGGUGUGAAGAUCGAGAUUGGAGACCAAGUGUUGGUUGCGGGUCAGAAACCAGGAAUAAUUCGGUAUUACGGUAAAACAGACUUUGCUCCAGGGUACUGGUACGGUAUCGAGCUGGACAAGGCGACUGGGAAGCACGAUGGCUCAGUGUUUGGUGUCCGGUAUUACACCUGCUCUCCAAAAUAUGGCGUGUUUGCCCCUCCUUCCAGGGUGCAGAGGAUUGGUGGCCCUAAGGGACCCCCAGGUGAUGGGACCGUUGGCAAAAAAAUUCACCAAGUAACAAUGACUCAACCCAAGAGAAAUUUAGCAGCUGUGAGGACUCCCAAAGACAUCACAUCAGAGAGCUCCAUAUCCAGAUUACUGUUCUGCUGUUGGUUCCCCUGGAUGCUGAGAGCAGAAAUGCAGUCGUAAAAAAAAACCUUCUCACCCUCCUCCUCGGACUCUACUCUUCCUCCUCAACUUGGUUCUUUAUUUGUGCUUUGGAGAAAGACUGCCAAUCACAAUCUUAGAUACUAGUUCAGCUAGAUGCAGUCAUAGUUGAUUCUAGUGCCUUGUACCUUAAUUAAAUAUCCCCGCAUUUCACAGUAGUUUAAAUAGAUGAGAUAACCUUUCCUUUGAUACUGAUUGAAAGAUAUAUAUAUAUAAAAUUAUAUAUAAAUGAACGUAAAGAUGGUUUGUGAUUCCUAUCUGUUUGAUUGGUAAAAACCAAAGGUGUGUUUACUGUCAAAAUUAUGACCUGAACCAUGAUACUGAGAACAUGCGAACUUCCCUGUGCAGUGAAAUAUGUGUCAUGUUGGUUUAUCAACUGCUUUGCUGUAUAUUAGAGUGUUAAGGGAUGUAAAUUGUAUUUGCGAUUUCAUGAGACUGGUCAGGAAGAAUAAGUUAUUGAGUGCUUCAGUUAAUGCCUGAUAGGAAUAAAUAGAUAAAAUGCUGUUGAAGUAAAAACCAAAAAUAAAGUUCAGGAAAAAUUAACAUAUGCACCACUGCUUAGGAUUUCAAUAAUUCAUUCCUCAUUUUCUCAUCUCCCCAUAUCUUGAAGUCUGGUUUAACAGGUGAGCCUCAACAUUGAUUGGGGACAUGUCAUUAAACUACCAGGGGCAUCACAACGUAAGCCAGUCCGAGCUGAACUCCACCAUAUGGCGUUUUAGGUAAGUGUGUAAUAUUAAUGAGUGGUGUUGCACCAACCUCAACUCCACUGACAGUUCCCAAUUUCCCCCACUCCCCCUCAACCAUCACUACCAUCACCAUCAUUUCCUGCAGGUAUGAUUGAGGACAGCCAUCUUGGCAAGACCUGAGAGCAAAGGACUGCUAGGUUCUGGGAUGGGAAACAUUUCAUUUCUUCUUUCAUCCUGAUCAUUUGAAAUUGGAUGAAGAUUAAUUGGAGACUUCAUUUGGAGUUAUCCAUCUUCUAUCUGGAUGAAAGCUUCGCUGUGGUGUUAUUAUUGAGGUUGAAUGUUGUAACAGUUUUCAACAUUAUUUAAAUUUAAUUUGCACUAAUCUUUUCAAUCCCUAAACCCAUUUGUAUUCUCCAGCCUUCUCAGUAGGAUUUGAUUUGCAGCAUCUUUUACAAUGGGGGGAGGAGGGGAUUAUCUUUUAUUUCAAGGUGAAUUUCAUCCCUCUAUUUCCAACUUUUUCACCCUCAUAUUCAGCUUCCAACUGACCAGAAGCCAGCACUCUUUAUGAAAUGGGCUUGUUGGUCUCAAUUUGGGUCUCAGGGUGAAGUACCUCAAGCAAGAACUGCUCCUGGCUUGGUACUAAACUUUAUAAGACAGGCCAGAGGAUGGCCAAUACAGUGAGGGUUGGAAAAGAGGGAGCUGGAUGUUGUAUCUUAUCCAUGGUCCUCCCAACUCUGUCUGCACUUGCUACUGACACAGAGGUAGUUACUCAAUCCCCAGCACAAGGAUUCCUCACCUUGAUCAGAGCAAUAGGAAAUAACUGAUUGAAGGUGUGGGAAAAAGGGAAAAUCGUCAAGCAGGAAAUCUUUCUUUGCUGUCCACAUACCCAAGCAGCACUCUGCUUGGAUUUGGGAUUGCUGCCUGUCAGGAAAAAUUCAUUGGAGAGCAGAGUGUUCUCCGUUGGAUAACCAGGUUUCAGCUUAGAAGUGAAGACGGGGUCCUGAUCUCUGGUUAACCAAGGACACGCUGAACGUCAAAGUCUCUAAAUGCAACUUCAGAAAACAUCUGGUAUUUUGUCUUCCAUAAUUCUAACAGUGAGCAAAAAAAACCUGUAUCAGAAACCUGAAAACAAAAGAUCUGAGAGAACACAGUUAGCUUCUGGACGUUGCCUCAUUAGCAGCCAGAUCUGACUUAGAUUUUCAGGUCAGAUAGCCCAACAUUUUGGAAAUUGGAAACCAGACACCUAAAGUCUUCAAUUGUGUUUUUUUUAAAAAGGUUGAUUCAUAUCAUUACAGAACCUUGUCAUGUGGGAGCUUCUGUCAAACAACCUUUUAAAGAUAUUUCACCUGCAGCAAGGUGGUUUUGAUUUGUGGGUGCCAGUGACUGACUGCGAUCUUAACAAAAAAUGUCACUGAGAUCCAGGAAUCUUCCGUUAUAAAACCAGAAAUUGACAUUUCAGUUGCACUGAAGCCUAGGGUCUCAUUUAAAGUUCAGUGGGUUUUGUUUUGUAGAGGCCUCUUGUGGUUUAUUUUAAUGUUUUCACUGAAUCACAAGAAGUGAUCACCAACAAAACUCCUCCCGCAUCAGAGUUUGGUUCUGACAUUUCAGUCGGCUUUGAUCAUUGGCACUGAGAAGGUAAGGGCCCCAAGCACGGGGGGCCUGCUCCACCCAGUCAUGGUCCUCUCCUCUAUUUUGCUCCAUGUUUAGUUUUAAAUGUCAACAAAGCAGUAACCUAGCAGUUAAAGAGCAAAGCUGCUGUAAAUGUGAAGUGGACGCUGGAAACACAAGCCACCUUUUCUCUGGACUUGUUACUUUAAUGUACUAAUCAAUGUAAAAAAGUCUUAUAUUAAUAUGUGUGAGAGAGUGAGUGUGUCGUGGUAAAUUUGGCAGCUAUAAGAUUGGAUUUUUUUUUAAAAGAAAAGAAAAUAAUGUGAAAAGAUGGAAGGUGAAUUAAACCGAACUCAUGAACAGACGUGUAGCGAGGAACAUUGGAAAUUCCUGAUGUUUUAUAAAUGUGCUAUAAGUACAUUGAGGUUGGUGCUAAAAGUUUUUUGUAACAAGAUUGCUGGAUUUAUUCCUCUGAAAUAAGCAGAAAGUCAUGUGUUUUAUUAAUCCCCUUGAUUCUAUUGUUAAUUAAUGUAAAUCUUAAGGAAUUUCUUUUGCCCCUGAGAAUAAUGAUCGUGGAAAUGUGUUCGUGUUUAUGAUAAGCUGUCCCUUCUCUUGUUGCCCUCUUCUGACUUCACCCUCUUCUUACUGUACCCCUCUCCUCAUCGCAUUAUCUCCCUUUCCCUCUCCUUUGCCUGCUCCCAUCCCCUUCUUCCACCUGAGUCUCCCUUAUCCCUUUCUCUCCCCUAGCCAUCCCCCUCUUUCACUGUCAAAGUUGUUGCAAAUACUUCUUUUAUAACAAAACCAUGGAUCUCAUUGAAAAUUCAGGCAGGGCUUAAUGGACUAGAUGUAGGAAAGAUGUUUUGCCUGACUGUGGAUGAGGGUGUUACAGCAAGGGGUUGCAUUUUUUGAGAUAUGGAGUAAACCAUUUAGGACUGUAUACAAGGAAUGAUUUCACCAAGAGUGGUGAACUUUUAGAAUUCUCCAGCACAGAAAAUGUUGGUGGCUAAGUUACUGACUACUGUAUGUUAAACACAGAAAUGGAUAGACUUUUAGAUACUAAAGGCAUCAAGGAGUAUGGCUAGAGAGCAGGAGUAUGGAGUUGAGAUAGAAGAUCAGCCUUUUUUUAAUUGAACGAGUGGAACCGGCUCAAUGGGCUAAAUGGCCGACUCCUCCUCCUGUGUUUCUAUGAUUCUAAUCUCUCGAAGUUCCCUUCAGUGAAGUCAAACCAUAUUAAAACGUAUUAUGUUCAUGUGUGGCGAAAGUGAGGACUGCAGAUGCUGGAGAUCAGAGUCAAGAUUAGAGUGGAAAGGGCUGAUAAAGGGCUUUUGCUGGAACGUCGAUUUUCCUGCUUCUCGGAAGCUGUCUGACCUGUUGUGCUUUUCCAGCAACACUCUAAUCUAGAUUAUGUUCAUAUGUGGGAUCAGUGCUGUCUGUAAUUACUCCAGCUAUGUACUUUCACAGAUGACCUUGUCCCUCCAUAAUAAUUCGAAAUGUAUUUAUAAUUGUAACUGAUAUUACCUUAGCUAAAUCACAAACACUAAUUUUAUUAUAAUUUAUCAUGGUGUCAUUGUAGAGCUUCCUGUGUGCUAAUUGGCUGGUUGUCCACAUUACAUCACUGCGUACACUUCAUUGGCUGUAAAACAUUUUGGAACAUCCAUCUAUGUUGUGAAAGGUGCUAUAGAAAUGUAAGUCUUUCUUUCUACAUUAUAAAAAUGUGGUCCUCUGUUUCCUCCCUUCAGACACAACCCUGCACCCAUUUUUAUUGUGAAAAGUUAGGCAAUGAGCUGGAAGGCUGUUUGACCAAGGAAGGCACUGUGGCAAGACCAGAUUCUGCCCUGGUCCCAACCUUCACUGUUCAGAAGCAAAAGAAACAGGUUUAGUGCAAGCUUACACUCUAUGUUGAGUCUCAAAUUGCCUAACUCAUAAAACACCACAAGUUUCCUAUCAUUAAGCUUCGAUGUUGUAUUGCUUGUCUCUAUCCACCAGGGGGAGUCUAAUAGUAUAGAAUAGAUCAUACAAUCUCUACACUGUGGAAACAGGCCCUUCAGCCCAACAAGUCUCCCGACCCUCCAAACAGUAACCCACCCAAACCCAUUACCCAUUACUCUUCAUUUACCCUUGAAUAACGCACCUAACCUACACAUCCCUGAAAGCUAUGGGCAAUUUAGCAUGGCCAAUUCACCUAACCUGCACAUCCUUGGACUGUGGGAGGAAACCAGAGCACCUGGGGGAAACCAAUGCAGACACGGGGAGAAUGUGCAAACUCCACAAUUGCCUGAGGCUGAAAUGGAACACAAGUCCCUUGCGCUUCAAGGCAGCAGUGUUAACCACUGAGCCACCAUGUCUCCCUUUCUGACCAAUGCAUGUUGUGAAGGGUGCAAUAAUGAACUGUCGGUUAAUUAAUUAAUUUUUUUGUUCAGAAUUUGUGCAACUUAUAAAAUUAAUUCAGCCUAGAUAAAAUUUAUUAAACUACAAUCAGAAUUAUUUUGCUACACACACCUAUCUGCAUUUACAUAGCACCUUUGAGGAUGAAAAAUAUCCAAAAGUAUUUUAUCAGAAUAUCAGCAAAUAAUAUUUGAUAUUGAGUUACAAUAUGGAGGAAUUCUCACAACCUUUGUCAAAGAGGUCAAUUUUAAAGACCAUUUUAAGGGGGGAGGGAGUGAGUUUAGAAACAGAAUUCCAGAGCUUUGGGUCCAGAUGACUAAAGGCAUGGUCACCAAUGAUAGGGUUAGAAGUGUAAAUGCAUAAUCUAAGUACUUUCAAGUGUCUGACUAGCCAUGUAUUGUAGCAACAACUGAUAUCCCUGUGACAAAUAGAGAAGGUGCUCUAUACCGCGCUGACACAUCCCAAAAAAUGAUGUAGGCAUUAUUGGCAAGGCCAGCAUUUAUUGUCCAUUCCUGAUUCCCUUGGAAGAGGUGGUGAGCUAUUGCCUUGAACUGCUGCAGUCACUGCUGUCAGGAUUGGAGAAUAUUGAAGGAACAGCAAUAUAUUCCCGAGUCAGAAUGGUGUGCAACUUGGGAGGGGACCUUGCAGGGGGAUGGUGUUCCUACGCAUCUAUUACCCAUCUACUCUGCUUGGUGAUGGAAAUUUACAGGUUUAGAUGGUGCUGUAAAGGAACUUGCUGGAUUACUGCAAUGCAUUUUGUAGAUAGUACACAAAUGGCUGCUUUGUGUAGGGUUGUGUGGAACGUUUUGAAUGUUUUGGAUGUUUACUUAUUUCUAGCAAGUGGAGAGUAAUUCAAUCAUGUUUCUAACUUGUGUCUUGUUAGUGGUAAAUAGGCAUGGGGGAGUCAGGAGGCUAGAAUAUUCUACAUCUGAUCUGCUCUUGUAGCCACAGUAUUCAGUUUUUGGUCAGUGAUAAACCCCAGGAUGUUGAUGGUGCGGAAUUUCACGACAGUAAUGCUAUUAGUAAUCUGGGGGAAUAAUUCUGACUGGUUGUAGGUGGACAUUGCCUGGCACUUAUUUGGCAUGAAUGUCACCUGUCAGCCCAAGCCUGGUCUUGACCAGGUCUUGCUGUGUGUGAUUAUAGCAGAGCUCAUAGCAUGGGUCAAAAAUGCUUGAACAUAUUUUGAUCAGAUGGUUUUAAAUGAGUUGUUUGGAAAUAUCGCUAACAAAUUCAGUUGCUUUUCUAUUUUAAUGAAAGCUAAUUUUGUCCUCACCAUUGUGUUGCACAAUUCAAAGAUAUUUAUAUAAAUCAAAAUCGUUCUGUAUCACAUCUUGUCCCUGGUCUUGCUACCCCUCAAUACCAGCUGAUUACCUAUCCCUAGUCUACACAUCUGUCCCUAUCCUGCUAUUAUAAGUCUCACUCCAUCUUGAACACACUCUGCCCAACUUCUGAUCCACUCCAAACCUGUCAAGUUUUCAGAAAAUUGGCCCCAUUCUGAAUGUACUUUUCCUUGUAAAUGUGACAUGUGCUCAUGUUAUCUGAACUGCCUUUUUGAAGUCCCCACUGGAAUUUCUAAUUGCCCAACUUUAGCAUCUGCUCGUUAAGAGGUAGCAGUGUUGGUGUCUCCAAAAGGUGCUCCCGGAUGUGAUGCUGCUCAGUCUUGACAAAAAUGUAAAUCUUUUGCAAUCUUGGGAAGAAAUGGCUGCCAAUUGGCAGCAUGUCAGUUAGCCCGUCCACUGCAGACAUUAAAAUGACCAGACAGAGGGUUGUUAUUUGUUCACUAAUUUUAACUCAAAAUACAAAGUUUUUCAGGGCUAUGGGAAAAAUAUUCAAGGAGGAGUGGGACUAAUUAGAUAUAUUUUCAAGAUGCUAGUACAAGUGUGAUGGGCUGAACAGUCUUCUGUGUAGUAAGAUUCUAUGAUUCGGAGACCUUCCCUUAUGUACCUUCCUCAAAAAAGCAUUCUUCAUAUGAGAGCUAGUCAAUGAGUUACUUGAGUUACUCCAACUAGGGGUUGGAUGACAGAUUCCAGCAUCCAUGAGACCUUGGUCUAAUGCUCAUAUAUGCACAUCUUCAGGAGGUGUCAGUAGGUACUGAUCAUGACUGUGUUUUAUCCACUUUUUGUUUCUCAUUCCAAGGGGACAACUGGAGCCAAUAAUUAUCAUGGGUUAAACACUGUCCUGGCUGAGAUCAGCUCCCUGGAUACAAGGCUGGGAAUCAAACUUGGGAGGUGCAGACUUGUGUAACUUGGUGAAUCACCAAGUACAGCAAAUAGCCACUGCCCUGCUCUAUGGGAUGUAUGCUUUAUAAUUCUCUCUCUAAAUGGUGUUCUUGCAGUUUCAGUAUAUAAAGCAUUAAGAUGCCUGUACAAACCAGAUGGGCAUUUGAAGGUAGGUAAGGAUGGCUGUUUUUGCAGACCGAAAAAGCAAAAUUUUCUCUUUUUAUAUCAUUGCUCGUUAUUAUUUCUUGGGGUUUUUCUGCUUCUCUUGUAUUAACUUCAAGUCUGCAGCCCUGCAAGUUACUGCAUGCUCCUGCCUAACUGAUGCAUAUUCUCUUUCUGUGGAGACCAUGUAUUUCUGAAUGAUCUGUUGCUCUGGGCAUGUAUUUAUGAUGUUGCUUAAAUAAACAUAUUUCUAUGUGCAUUUUA